AUGCCGACCGUCAUGGAGGCUAGCAUUGCGGCUCUCUCCGAGUUACAAAUCACGAGGUUCUUCGAGAAGUACAGUCCUAGUACGACGCAGCAGCAAUGCAACCAACGGGCCGAACAGCUUGCGGGCAUGUCUGUCCACCCGACGCCUGUGCAAGGUGGAACCAGUUAUACGGUCGUGUCCGACGACGAGACCUGUAUCGUUCAGUUUCGUCUCAGCGAUGCCAUUCUGGACACGGAUCUUAUCGAUAGCGUCGAGAAAGCCUACGCUGGAUUCACGCCGUCUCACCGUUUGGUUGGCAAUCUGGGUCAACUUUACGUCUAUACGAUGAACAAUGUAGGAGGGGUCGCGAUGUACCUUGCCCGGGACAAAUUGAACGAGAACGACUUCAGCCUUCUUCGUCACGCGGUUUCCGACUUCGCCAGUCGCUCCUCACUACUGAAUGAGUACUCGUCGAAGCUCUCGCUGCUCCGGCAAGGGCUGCCCGUACGCUUUCACCCGACCCUGGACUACCUCAUCACGAUGCUUCCGAGGCUGCUGGCCAAAGACUGGCCGUUGGUGCCCAACCACACCGACCUACUGGAGAACAACAUCCACGUGAGCACGCAGACCGGCCGCCUGACGGGUAUUUGCGAUUGGAAGGACACCGUUAUCAGUCCUUUCGGUAUGUCGCUCGGGGGGCUCGAGGCUAUGCUAGGGAUUCGAACCGUGGAAGAAAGCUGGCGUUAUCAUCCCAACCAGCAGGAACUUCGGGACCUCUUCUGGGAGACGUUUUACCAGGCCAUGGGGGAGGUCACGAACGAGCAGAGAGAACUCAUCGAGGUUGCGAGGCUUCUUGGACUGUUCUUGGAGAAUGGUCUCCAUUGGACCGAGGAUGGGUUCGAGGCUAUCACUGAUGAAAGUGAUCACGACUUCCGCUACCUCGAGGCAGUCACUCUGGCACUCGGUGCUCCGACUCGCACAUGA